CUUCCUGCCAAUGAAACAUUAUCAAUGGGACUGGAAUGCCUUCCUUUCUACCGUUCAUCUCCAGCCUGUGGAACUGGGGAUCAAGGAAGUCUCUUUGGAAAUCUAACCAAAUCAAACCCAAGACAACAAAUGAAUACCUUAACAUCCUUCCUCGAUGCUUCCACAGUUUACAGCAGCAAUCCUGCUAUAGAAAAGAAGUUGCGGAAUUUGACUAGCCAGGAAGGGCUGCUUCAAGUCAAUACACUCUACGAAGAUGAAGGCAGAGAGUACUUGCCUUUUGUGACUCAAGUCCCUUCACCCUGUGCACAAGCUCUCAACACAGAAGAGUCUGAAAGAAUUGAGUGCUUCUUAGCUGGGGACAGCAGGGCCAGCGAGGUGAUCUCCCUGGCUGCCAUGCACACCCUUUGGCUUAGAGAACACAAUCGCCUGGCCAAAAACCUAAAGGUGUUGAAUGCCCAUUGGAGUUCUGAAACCAUUUACCAAGAGGCCCGAAAAAUUGUGGGGGCCCUGCAUCAG